AUGCAUAUUGCUACUCUCCUUCAACAGCUUGCAUCGGAGCUUUCUAUAAAGGAUCUUGGUCGAUUAAGUUUCUUCUUGGGGAUCAAGGCAACAUACAAGUCUGAUGGUCUCACUCUAUCUCAGUCACUCUACAUUACUGAUCUCCUGCAAUGGGCCGGCAUUUCUGAUUGUAAGCCGGUUCUUACCCCCAUGACAACCACAUUCGAAACAUCUUCUGCAGGGGGUGUGCCUUCUUUUGACCCCACAAAAUACCGAUCUAUAGAGGGUGCCUUACAGUAUAUUACCCUCACCCGUCCAAAUGUGGCCUUUUCUAUGAAUUGUGCUUGUCAAUACAUGCAUUGCCCUACUGAAAACCAUUGGUCGAUGGUGAAGCAUAUUCUACGCUACCUCAAAUAUACAAUUGCAUAUGGGCUACACAUCACCAAGUCCCCCUCUCGAGACCUACAAACUUUCUCGAAUGCCAAUUGGGCUGGUGAUGGUGAUGAUCGAAAGUCAACCAGUGGAUAUGCCAUCUACAUGGGACAGAAUUUAAUCUCUUGGGCAUCCAAGAAGCAAAAGAUGAUUGCAUGGUUCUCUACUGAAUCAGAAUAUAAGGCCCUCGCCGAUGCCUGUACUGAGCUGACCUGGCUUCGAUCUCUGUUUGGUGAGCUUGGUCUCUCUACAUCUCAAGCCCCCGUGUUAUGGUGUGACAAUCGGCGCUACGUACCUCUCGGCCAAUCCCGUCUUUAA